GCAUUCUCUAUAAGCUUUUCCACAUUGAAGAGGCACUCGAAGCGAAUGCCCGCGACAUUCAAACAAAGUCGAAGGCCCUCGCUGGUUUACGUGCAGAGCAUGAAGAACACGAGAAGGCUCUUGAGAACGUGCGUGCAGAGCAAGCGAGGGCCCGCACAGCAGUCGUACGAGAGGAGAAGAAAGUCAAGAAGGCCGAAAAGGCGUUGGAAGCUAAGGAACCUGAGCUAGUGGAGGUGGACGCUCAGAUCAAGCACUCAUCCAGAAAACUGCAAAAUUCACAGAAGAUACAGGAGCAGGUUGGCAAUGAUGAUGAACGUCAACAAGCUAAGCUCCACUCGCUUAGGCGAGAUCUUUCCAAUGCUAAACAGGCUGCAGACGAGGCUGCAGCGUGUGUUUUGCAGUGUUAAUGCCACAAACAGAAAAGCAUCAGCCAGCGUCCUCGCCGUUUCUGAGCGUCAGGCCCUGGAGACGCUCGGUCGAGAUGAAAAGACAACAUCCCGGACACUUACUCAAGCGAGGGCCAAAGAUGAAGAGUUGCAACGGAACCAAGAAAGGCUGCGCGGCGACGAGCAAACUCAGAAAACCAGCAAGUCAGAGCUCGAGGAAAAGCUGGCCACCCUCCAGGGCGACCAUGCGCGCUCAAAGCAAGAAUACGAGAAUCAGCAGAGUGAGCGUACAAGGAUCAGCCGUCUUGAGACCGAGACAAACGAAAAGCUCGCGGAUGUCUAUCAGCGUUUGCUCCAAGCAGGCGUCGACAGGAAUGAAUCCGAGCGUGAGGCAAAGCUGAAGGAGACGCUCGCCAGUCUGCAGCGCAUCUUCCCAGGCGUCCGUGGGCGCGUGGUCGACCUCUGUAAACCCACACAGCGCAAGUACGAGACAGCUGUAUCUGUCAUCCUUGGGCGCAAUAUCGACGCUGUCGUCGUGGACGAAGAGAAAACUGCCAUCGAAUGCAUCGACUAUAUGCGCACCCAGCGCGCAGGUCAAGCAACUUUCCUCCCCCUCGACACGAUCAGCACCAAGCCAAUCAAUGACAAGUUCCGCUCAUUUGCUAGAGGUGCACGUCUCGCUGUGGACGUGAUCCAGUAUGAGCCUGCCGUAGAGCGCGCGAUGCUCCACGCGUGUGGGAAUUCACUUGUGUGUGACACGAUGGAUGUGGCGAGGUACGUGUGCUGGGAGCGGGGGCAGGAGGUGAAAGCCGUUACAUUGGAAGGCACUGUCAUCCACAAGAGUGGGCUUAUUACCGGUGGGCGCAGUACGCAUGGGGGAGGAAAGAAGUGGGAGGAGAAGGACGUGCAAGGCCUUACCCGUCUUCGUGACAAUCUUGUGGCACAGCUUCAGGAAUUGAAUCGCUCGAAACCGAGAGGCAAGGCAGACGAAAACGUCAUUGCUGAAAUUACACGACUAGAGAGUGCUAUAGCUGUUAUAAGAGAUGAUCUGAGCGCCUGCAAAUCCCGGUACAACGGCAUCAAAGAGGAACUAAAGCAUGUCGAGCGCGAGCUGAAGAAGCUCUCUCCCGAGCUCAAAAAGGUUCACGCAAACUGUGUAGCAGACCCAAAUGGAACUGACCAUAAUUACAGGCUCAAACUUCACACUUGAAACUCUCUUCCCAAAUCGCAGAACUCCAAUCUGCUAUUGACUCAGCUGAGGACGGCGUAUUUGCCUCGUUUUGCUCCCAGAUCGGUGUCGAGAAUAUUCGAGAGUACGAGGAACGUCAGCUGAAAGUCGCAGAAGAGGAGAGCCAGGCGCGACUUAGAUUCGAUCAGCAGGUUGCGAGGCUGACGCACCAGUGAGUUCUAUUUUUCGCAGUUUUGAGG